AUGGCAACAGCCGCCGCCAGGGCUGUCCACCCGGGCCGCGGCCGCGGCGCGCCGCAUGCUAAUGCCCGACCCACCUGGUGUACAGACACGACGUGUCGUGGCAAGGUGCUGGCUGCUGGUGACGUCUCGGCGUCGCAGAAAGGCCUGUUGGAGGGCAGUGUUUGCGGGGAACAAGAGCGCCUUGUUUACGCUGGCGCGGCCGCCAGGGGGUUGAGAGCUGCCGUUAUUGGCCGCGGCGCAGCCCUGGGGGCCGCUAAUGCGCCAUUAGCGGCAGCCAAUUGUCUGCCGGGGAAGUCCCGAGCCUCGUCGCGCCGCGACGCCCACCCGCGCGCGGCGCCGUUCGCUCCAUCCACUGUGCCGCGGGAAGCGGACGGGGCGAUGACGCACAACCGCUGUCCUAGCCAGUUCUGGGCGGGUGGCAGCGCGGUCGAUAGCGUCGCGGCGGCGGCGCCCGUUGCUCGGCGACAGCGCACAUGGCACGCGCCUCGCCGCACCCGCCGGCCAAAGGCGUGGCCACGCGCUCCAGUGUUGCCACAUCGACCGCCGGCGCUCGCCGCCGCCGCCGCCGCCGCCGCCGCCGCCGCCGCCAGCGCCCGGCACAUGCCCCUGCGCGUCAAUUGCUCGUUACACAGAAUCCGUAAUAAGCCGGUUAAUUGA